CCAUGGCCGGCCCCCUCUCUCUUUCUCUUUAAUUUUUGCCAGCCCACAUACUCCACUCCCUGCCAAAAGGGCCUCUCCUUCUUUCUUUAUAUGCCCUUUUCCUUUCAAGACCCGGUCAUAUUCAUACACCCAAGUUCCCAACUCCCUCUUUUUAUCAUUUUUCUCCCUGGCUUUCAUGGCCAAGACCUCACAGAAGAGCCAGAAAACCACUGGUAAUAGUACUAACAACAAUGGUGGCAGUGUGGCCAAGGUCAAGAGGACUAGGAAGAGUGUCCCUAGAGACUCUCCCCCGCAGAGAAGCUCCAUUUUUCGGGGCGUUACAAGGCACCGGUGGACGGGUCGGUAUGAGGCUCAUUUGUGGGAUAAGAACUGCUGGAAUGAGUCACAAAACAAAAAGGGAAGGCAAGUGUAUCUAGGGGCUUAUGAUGAUGAAGAAGCUGCAGCACAUGCUUAUGACUUGGCAGCAUUGAAGUACUGGGGUCAAGAGACCAUUCUCAAUUUCCCAUUAUCGGCAUAUCAAGAGGAGCUUAAAGAAAUGGAAGGACAAUCCAAAGAAGAAUAUAUUGGAUCUUUGAGGAGAAAAAGUAGUGGGUUUUCUCGAGGGGUGUCAAAAUACAGAGGCGUAGCCAGGCACCAUCAUAAUGGAAGAUGGGAGGCUAGAAUUGGAAGAGUUUUUGGCAACAAAUAUCUUUACCUUGGAACCUAUGCCACCCAGGAGGAGGCAGCAACUGCAUAUGACAUGGCAGCUAUAGAGUACAGAGGACUUAAUGCUGUGACCAACUUUGACCUCAGCCGUUACAUCAAGUGGCUUAGACCUAACCAAAGUGAUAGUGUUGGCUCCAUGCAAAACCCUAAUGGCCAAAGCAGCCCAGCUCCAAACCCUAACCCAAGUGAUCAUGAGCUUGGCAUGAGCUUCCUCCAACAGCAGCAUGGCUCGGAUGCGACUGAGCUGCCUCUAAGCCAUGCACGAUCGGGUGCCGGUGGCAGUGGCAGUGGUGGUGGUGGUGGUGGUGCAUCAUCUGCACUUGGGCUUUUGUUACAGUCAUCAAAAUUCAAGGAAAUGUUAGAGAGAACAUCAACUGCAGACUGCCCAUUGACUCCUCCAGAUCAGAUCGAGAUGCCCAGGAGUAGCUUUCCAGAUGACAUUCAGACUUACUUUGAUUGUCAGGAGACGAACAGCUAUGGCGAGAGUGAUGAUAUUAUUUUUGGCGACUUGAAGUACUCCUUCUCUUCCCCUAUGUUCCAGUGCGAGCUUGACACAUAAUCAUGAAAUUACAGCUACAAGAUUGACUUGAAAUUAAGCUCAAAAGAUAGAUUCUAGAUUCUUUUGGAAAUCAUUUUCUACUUAAUUUCUUCUUGAUAAUGGAAAAAUAAAAUAAAAUAAAAUCAUUAGGUUUUUUUUUUUUUUUA